GGUGCUGCCCGGCCGGUCGGGGCCGGGGAGGGUGCUGGGGGUGCCCCCCGGCAGAGAUGGGCUGUGCCCCGGCCCGGUACCUGGUGUUCUUUCAGUACUUUGGCACCAGGUACAGUGGGGUUGUGGAAACUAAGAGUGAUCAGGCACUGGUUGGAGUCCAGAAUUAUUUGGAGAAGGCAGCUCAGAACCUCAAGGCCAGCGUUCCCAUCAAGUUCCACAUCUCCAGCCGGACCGACACGGGCGUCCACGCGCUCUGCAACGCCGCCCACCUGGACAUCCAGAGGGGCCCAGGGAAGCCCCAUUUCAGUGAGGAGCAGCUCCUGUUCAGCCUCAACUACCACCUCAGGCCUGAGCCCAUCCGCAUCCUGAGUGCCCACCGAGUGCCCAGCAGCUUCCACGCCCGGUUCUCUGCCUUGUCCAGGACCUACAUUUACAGGCUGCUGCUGGGCUGUUCCCACCAUUCCCAGGUGCCCGUGUUUGAGCGGGAUCUGUGCUGGGCUCCUGCAGGAGGCCCCCUGAACGUCCCUGCCAUGCAGGAGGCAGCGCAAUUCCUGCUGGGAACCCACGACUUCAGCACCUUCCGCUCCCUCAACAGCGACGCGGAGCUCAAGUCUCCGGUCAGGACCAUCCUCCAGGUGGACAUCCAGCCCUCUCCUGGCUUCCUGGCCCACCACUACGAGCACAGGCCUCUGGAGUUCUGGGAGGUGAAGUUCAGGGGCAGGUCGUUUCUUUACCGACAGGUCAGGAGGAUGGUUGGGGCUCUGGUUGCAGUUGGCCAGGGCAGGUUGGCCCCUCAUCACGUCAAGGAGUUGCUGGAGGCAAAGGAUGCCCUGGCUUUUCCUCCCAAUGCCAUGGCCCCACCCUCGGGGCUCUUCCUGAAAUCCGUGGAAUACGACGAGGCAGAUCUGGCCAUGACAGGGUCCCCAGGAGAAUGAAUAGCAGCUCUGUGGGGAUGAGCUGUGUGUGAAAGGACUGCUGUGGAUGUGGGAUGGAGCCUGGCCAAGGGACACAGCCUUGUCUCAAUAAAAACCAUUGACUGUG